AUGGGCCAAGUCGCGACAAGACGAAAAAAGGAGGCCAACGGCGCAGGAAUUAGAAGCCAGUCGGCGACAGGAAGGCGGAUGCUCCGUGUUGACCAGUUUGUCGUCAUUCUUCAUCGCGUUCCAGCCCAGCAAGUCCCUCUCGUGCCGUUGAGGCAAGCCGUGGCCGUGGCCGUGACCACGGUCGCGGUCGCGGUCGCGGUCACGAUCCAAGACAAACCACAUGUCGCCGGCUCUCCGACGUCAUAUCCCGACGUGGAAAGGAACCGGCUGGGCCCAGCUGAAGCCCGAGCACUCACGGCGAGUGACAAGCAGUGGCCAGAGGGCCUCUACGAAGGUCUGAGCAGGACACACUCAGCACACUUGGCGAAGGACCGCGCGGGCGAGCAGCGACAAGACGUUGCGGGAAUGAUUGUCGACCGGCCAGACCCGGCCAGGACGGCGAUGGAGCGUGGGCGGUCUUCAUUAAAAUCAUAG